UAAAAUAGAUGGCAAGCAUUAUAUUGCCUCUAUAAAUGACACUCAGUUAACCUGUAAUAUCAACAACAUAAAUGAGCAUACUACAAAAGAUAUGGAAUUAAUUGUUGAACUGUCCAAUGGAACGAGGAUCCCUCUUGCUUCCACACUGUUUCGUUUCUUCAGAUGUUCAGAGUAUUCAGUGUGUAGCAAAUGUGUAGAGACAAUCAGAGGCACAUGUAGAUGGUGUGCUCUUCAAGGUCACUGUGAGAGUAACAGUACAAAUCCGCCAUGUCUUCAUUCAGUUCCUGAUACAUUCCAAUCUUGUCCAAGGCUGCAGAAUAACACAUCAUAUCUGCAUACCGAUGUUGAAUCUACUUUGGAAGUAGAAAUUGAAAAUACAAUAUUUAAUACAACUGAUUUAAAGAAUCUGAAAGUAAGGAUUAACUCGACCAAUAUAACAAACCAGACCUGCAGGUUUUUGGAUGGAAAAGUUGAUUGUAAUAUUACAUUUAAGGCACGUUCUGAAGCAAAGACGCUGGAAAAUAUUGUAGUACAAUACCAAAGUGUCCCAAACAAAUGGAUUUUCAUUGAUGAAAAAAGUGAAGUUUUCGUAUACAAUUGUACUACACUGUCGGAUAAUAAGUGUAACUACUGCCAUGCAUUGAACACCGAUCGUUUUAGAUGCAAAUGGUUUAAUGAGAGCAAGUCAUGCAAACAUCAUUCGCCAUCUGAUAAUAAUAGAUAUGAAUGUCCAUGUCCAAAUAUAACAAAGAUAUUGCCACGAGAUGGUUUUAUAGGGCGUGGACUACUUAUUACUGUAACAGGAGAAGAAUUUGGAAUACAUAAUGAAAUUUCCAAAGGAAACAUACACAUCAAUGGCAAGAAAUGCCUUGCUCAUACUGUACAAUAUAUAAAUGCAGAUAUACCAAAGUCAGAAGACUUCUCAGAAAAUGUAACCAACGGUUUUGUUUGCGAGCUUACCAGGUGGGAUGGUACUGAAACUUUGUUCUAUCGUGGUGAUGAUUGUCAAAGUUUGCCAGUAGGUGAUGACAUUAUACCAGUUUGGAAGGAUGGCCAUAUUACUUCAAUGGAGCCUACUUCAGGACCUAAAGCAGGUGGAACAAUGAUCACAUUAAGAGGGGAAAAUCUUGGAGUAGGCAACAGAAUAAUUUCCAGCGUUGUUUUUGAUAAUGGUGCUAAAUGUGAACAUCCAGAGGUGUAUCCUCACAUACCUACAAAUGUCCCGACUGAGUCUGUAAAGCCUCCAUUUGCUAUUGUUUGCAAGACACCUGAAGUGCCAAGUACAACUUCAGUAAAGCUACUGCAUAUAAGUGUUCCGAAAAACGAACCCAUUGAUGUUGUCGAACUGAAGUUUACUUUUCUUGAGAAUCCUGUUAUCGAGAUGAUAUAUCCAGAGAAAGGAUUUUUGAGUGGUGGCACAGUGCUGACAGUGAAAGGGAAGUACUUGAAUAAUGCAAAUGCUGGAACAGUUCGACUGGUAUACAAUUCUGAAGUACAGGUUGAACAAUGUGUGAUUGAUACCAACUCCUCUGCUCAAGUUCUAUGUAGAGUACCACCUGCUUCAAAGGGAAUUAUACAAGAACUUAAUGCCAAGGCGUCUUCAAGUAACAAAAGAAAGAAAAGAUCUGCACAAUGUGUGGAAUGUGUUACUGUCACGAUCAUUGUAAAGUUGGAUGGAGUUGAACAUUCCUUUAAUAUAUCAUACUUCCAUGACCCAUCUAUCAGCAAGUUUGACCAGGGCGUUUUGCUUUACCAAUCAGAUCAGCAGUAUUUGGAAAUAAAGGGUGAAAAUCUUAACCUUGUUGCGGCGAAGCACGACAUCAACAUUACUAUUGGAAUAGAUGUAUGUAAUGUUGUGGAGCUUGAAGGCGAUUUCAUGCGAUGCAAGGCCCCAAGUUCUCAACCGCAGCCAGGAAUACCGGGAGCUACUUUACCUGAAGUCAAUGUGACAAUAGGAAACAUCCAUACAACUUUGGGGUACAUUAAGUACAAACCAAAGUUCGAGAGCAUCCUUAUCAUAGCCGGAGCAGCUGCUGGAGCUGCACUGUUUCUUCUUGUGUUGGUGGUAGCAUUCUUUGUCUGCAAGUAUCGGAAGGUGGGGUCCAAAGCAAAAGCCUUGGAAAAACAACUCAACGACCUUGAAUUGGAAAUCAAGCAUGUUGCAAAAGAAGAGUUCCUUGACAUGCAGACGUCUAUGUCGACAGUUAAUCGUAACCUCAUAGAGCAAGGAUUCCCCUACCACUCGUAUCAACAGUACGCGUGUAAUGCCAUGUUCGCUACCGACUAUCUGAUGUCAGAUCCUGUAGUAAGUAGUUACAAGAUGUCUGAUGAACUGCGGGCUCGAGCAAGGACGGGAAUGGAACGUUUCCAAGGUCUGCUGGAGAACAAGUUCUUCCUCGUUUCCCUAAUAACGACCAUGGAGAAACAGAAACACUUCUUUAUCAAAGAAAAAUCCAAUUUUGCUGGCAAUCUAUGCGCCAUCAUGAUGGGACGUAUGGACUACAUGCAUGAAGUGUUACAAGUUCUGAUCACCCAAUUGGUUGAGGACCCUUCUUCCAAGAGAGGCGUGAAAUCAUUGUUCAGAAGGAGUGAGAGUAUCACGGAGAAGCUUCUGAGCAACUGGCUGUCCCUCUGUUUGUACCCUCACCUUAAGGAUCACACUGGUUCACUUCUGUACCUGUUGUACAUCGCCACGAGGAAAACGAUGGAGGCUGGCCCUAUCGAUGCUUUAACCAAUGAUGCAAAGUACACACUUUCGGAGGAGAAACUGCUCCGGAAAUAUCAAGGCUCGGCAACAGACGAGGAAACGACGGACGUGAAGUUUGAGGCUAAAGCAUUGACAUUGAACGUUGUGGUCGACAAUGGAGAGGAAAUCUACCCAUGUAAAGCUCUCGACUGCGACACAGUUAACCAGGUGAAAGCAAAGUGUCUCGACCAGAUCUAUGUCAACUACCCGGCCUCGCAACUUCCCGUAGAUCCCACUGAACUUCUUCUUGAGUGGCAUGCCGGAUUCAGCGGAUGUAUGAUACUUCGUGAUAAAGACAACACGUCCAAGCGUGAUGGUGAAUGGAUUCGUGUUAACACACUAGCGCACUACGCAGUGGCCGACCAAAGUAACAUGGCUCUCGUAGAUCCACGGAAUGCUGAGCUCAGUCAGCAGGAGGAUUAUGUGAACUUGGCACAGAUUGACCCUGGCUUCGAUGUCAACAGUAUGGGGUCAGACCAACCGUUGACGGCCGAGUGUUCCACUUCGCAUGACGAAGAAAACCCAAUGGAACUGAAACAGUGGCACUUGUUAAAGGAUGAUGAUGCAAACAAGAAGGAGAAAUCUGCCAUUGAUGAGCUGUACUUGAACAGGCUUAUCACAACAAAGUUGUCACUUGUGAAGUACAUAGAUGACUUGUUCAGCCUGGUAUUGGAGAGCAGCAAGUGUCCUCUGCCCGUCAAGUUCCUCUAUGAUUUCCUGGAUGAUCUUGCAGAAAAACAAAAAAUAGAUCCAGACACACUCCAUGCCUGGAAAAGCCAUAGCUACUCCAUUCGCAUCUGGGCCAUGCUUAUCAAGACACCGUCAAUUCUGUUCGAUAUCAAUGCCCCGUCCUAUGUUUUGGAGAGUCUGGAUGUGAUCAGUCAAGUCUUCAUUGAGAGCUUCAGUCGCACGGAACAGACCGUGUCAAAGGAAUCGCCAACUCAGAAGCUUAUUUUCCGAAAUGAGCUGACGAAGUUCAGAACACAUGUUCCGGAGUUCUACAAAAAUGUCAAAGAGAACGUACAGAAACCCGAUGAGCUAGGACAAUACCUGACAAGUAUUAACAGAAACCAACAGGAAACUACUUUCAACAAGAACGCAGCACUUUACAGAUUAUACGAGCAGAUCAAGCCAUAUACAGACGAGAUUCUAGACGACCUGUCAAUCUCCCAAGAGACCAGAUGUCUGCAGUUGAACAAGAAGUUAGAUGACAUAUUCUCUAUGAUGGAAGAAUAGAAAGGGAACAUUUUCGGAAUAGGGCAGUUUUGAACAAAACAAAGAUAUUUGAUAUUAGUGAUUUCAUUUUAAAGGUGUUUGCACAAAUAGUUGGUUCAUUCAGUAAACAAGACAGCAUUCCUUUCAUGAUAAUUGUUACAUGCAUUUAUUGAAUUAUACAAACAGAACGACCUUAAAGGCUAUCAUAAUUUUAUCUUCAUGACAUUAAAGAUGUAUAUACGUAUAGUUUGUGUAAAGUGAAGUUGUUUUUAUUACCCAUAAUGUACAUGGAAACGAAGUAUUAUACAACAAUUAUGUUACAAGUAAAUAUUUCUAUGUAUAUGCAUGUUGAUAUAUUCAGUAUAUUGAGUUUUGUUUUAUAUGUAAUCAGAUUAUUGAUAAUAUGGAUUUAUAUAUAGAUUUAUUGCAUUUUGGAAGUAUAUACAUAAACAGUUUUUGUAUGAUAUCACGCAUAUUUAAUUAAAAAUUGUGUUAUUCACAUUUGUGUGUUUUUCAAAAGUGCUAGUAUAAAGGUAUAUUUGAUCAUCAAGCUUUAUGUAUAAGCAACGCUCUAAUGUAUUCUCAAUUUUCUCUAUUUUUAUACUAUCAUUUGUGAUUGAUUUUGUAAUGAUAACUGUGUGAUAUAUAAAAUUAUAUUAUAUAGUUUAUUGCUCAUUUAUUAUAUUAAAAAGUGCCUUUGUCAACGUCCCACAUUUAUCAUACUGUAUUGUUAUGUAUGCAAACAUUCCCUUGAUAUAUUUCUCCACAAACGUGUACAUUGUAUUUAUAUUUCCUUCGAUCAUUGUGGGUUAGACUGAUUGAUAUGUUAUUAUCUAUUCAAUGUUUGGUAUUUUUUUUAUUUAUUAUAAGUAAAUGAAUCGUGUGAACUGUAUCAGCUAUCUUGGUGUUUCACAAAAGUAGCUUUAUGUAUAAUUAAAUUUUAAAAAUCCGAUUCUUACAAAUCUGCUGAUAAAUUGCUGAUAAAAUAGAAAUUAUAUCUUUUACCAAAACAUAUAUCCACAUAAAGCCUAACUUAUACUGCCUGUUUGACCUGGAUAAGGUUUUAAAAUCCUUUGAUCUCGAAUAGAUUUUGCCAAAACUUUUUUUCUGCAAUGAACAUGGACGAGUAAAUUAGUCUCAUGGUCCAUAUUCAUCAACAACCCGAGUCUGAGAUUGAGGCCCACACUCACAAUAAUACAUCAUGUUCUUGCUUGUUUCUCACGAAGAGUUGAGUAUUGAAAAUGUAGAAUUUAUAACUUUCACAGCAAAUUUUCAACACACUAUUUUGACAAUAAACUGGGUCCAUAAUGACCAAUGUCUUGAGUCUGAAUUACAGAUUGUCUAAAGUACAUUCUAAAACUGCAUCAGAAGAGCAUUCAUUGUUCAAAGCAUUGACUAUUUUAUAAUGAACACAUUUUACAGUGCUAUAAACUUAUGAGUAAUAAUUAGAAUCUCAGAUUUAUUUUGCUUCUCAGACUCGGGUUCAAGACGUUAUUCACUAAAGGCCCAUGUAUGUGAACUUACAUUUUAUACUGUAUAUAAUGAUACUGUUUUCGAAACAUCACACUGUUCUCAUAUCUAUUGAAUAACAUCAUACAUAAAUAUAUGAUUGUGCCAAAUCAUUUUGAUAUCUCAAAUAUAUAUUGUUAGUUUAAAAACAGUUUUAAUCAAAUGUGUCAAAAUGUGUACAAUGUAACUUUGUAUUAGAAUUCCUAGCCAUUCCAGCCAGCUUGCUUGUUUCAAAAUAUAAUUCGCUACAUACCAGAGCAAAGCGCUCUACAGCUCAGAAUGAAAUAUUUGAAACAACGAUGUUAUGUUAUGUUAUUCACUUGUUGAUGUGAUGGCCUCUCUAUAAUACAAUAUAUGUGGUAUGUUAAUUUCUCGUCAAAAUUCAGGAAAUCUUCAUUAACUUAAACGCACUAAGAAAAAGUAAUUGAAAAUAGAAAUAUUUUGAUCAUCAUUUUAAUAUCUUGUACCUCAUUCUUUCUGCCAAAGUUAUCAAUUGCUUUACACAGAUUUUAUCAGGAUGGGAUAUACGUGUACUGUUGUGAUGCGGCGUCGUUUGCUGCAUCAUUGCGGCGUCAGUGUCACACACCUGUUCCCGAUCAAUAACAUUUCUAUUGUUGUGGAGUCCUUAUGUUUUUGGUAAAUGACCUAUUUAAUUUUGGGAUCAGUCAGUCAAAGGUCAAAGACAUGGUCAUCUAAUUGAUAUAUGAUGGAUACCUUCGAAUGGCGACACAUCCAAUUUGCCACAAACUUGAUAUAUACUACUGUUGAACAAUAAAUAUAUCUGUGUUUGUAAAUUCAAAUUAUGACUAAUUUCUAAUGCUUGCCAAAAUGAUGAUGAGAUUUUAGUUAAGUUUCAUUUUUUUGUCUGAAUGAAAUCAACGUUAAUAGCUUUAUGUAAUCGUUUGCAACGAAGGUUCCAUUGAUUUGAUAAGAUGUAAUUUUCUUUUAUAUUUGUUUUGUUUUUAUGUUUUUCGCUUGACUGCAUAAAACUGAACUGUUUCUUUAUUAACCUGAAAACCAUUUUCGCCAUUUUGUAACAUCUUAACUGUAUGCAUCAUUUCGGAAUUUGCUUACAAUACAUUUUUUUAGCUUGAAUAUUCGAAGAAUUAGGAAGAAUAAGGAAAGCUAUUCUAUGCAAUCUAGAGUCGGUGUCACCCUCGCCUUCGGUGUCAUACCUUGGUUAAGGGUAUGCAUCAUAUAUUGCAUUUUAACAUUAGAUAUGUUCUCCCUACUAUCCCAUCCACUUCAUUAAUUGAAUUAUAAGGAUUUGCGUGAAUGGACACUUACCGGUAAGUCGAUAUCAAAUACAUCAUGUAUUGCAUUGAAUCAUACAUGGACCCUCAACCAUCUUAAUUUAUUAAGAUAGAUAACUCUGGCUGGUCUUUAAUAUACAUUUUGACCCUUGAUUAUAAGAUGUGGAAAUUCUGGUAAAGGUUUUGCAUUUAAGUCUCAAUAACUGUGAUUCAUGCAUGUUUCAAUAUAACAUUUCAACCCUUUGACUUCAAUGCGGCGGAGAAGUCGAGCGCGCUGUCCCUGACAUUGUUUUUUUUAAAUAAUCGUCAGUCAAUUGUACAGACCUGGAUAAUAUAUAAUAUCAAGAAUUUCAAUUGGAUAACUAGUUUAAGUCACGUUUUGAAUCGUAUAGGCUACAAGUUAUUAGUUUCGAAAUAGGUAAUAGAACAAUUCAGAAAUAACCAUUGAAAAGCGACCACACUCGUAUUACGUUGGUUAGAUGGCACAUUAUGCUAAAUGCUUGUUGUGUUUCACUCAUGUUUGUUUUUCUAGUAAUUCAGUGUGUCCUUUUAUCAGUUUGUUUUCUUCUCGUUGAUGUCAGUUGUUUGAUUUCAAUAUAAUGUUCAAUAUAUUAAAAGUUCGAGAGAAUUCCCUCUACUUCUUAUAUUUAUCCUAAUUGAAAAUAUUUAUCAAUGUUAUUUUUGUGCUUGUCUAACGGAGUUCUUGUUAAUUCUUAGACUUAAAAGGGUAACGUUCAAAAACUGUUAAGCUAAUAAAAUGUUUUUUUCAUUGUUGUUUGUAAAAAAUAUCAUCACAUACCUCUGUACUUACAUAUUACUCUUUGCAAUAAAAGUCUAACCCAAAA